UGGGGAGAAGCUGGAGCUGCUGAGGCUGGACCUGGACGAACUCAGUGGGGGCAAGUUCGGAGGCGAGGCUGUGGGUAAGAUCCCGGAGGACAUGAAGGCGGCCCUCACCUCUGCUAUUCGGCGUAUCUGGGCGCUUUCAAAGAGGAGGAGGGGUGGCUGCAGCGCAAGGUGAAGGAGGAGCUGGGCGGCGCACUGAUCACCGUGAAGCAGCGGUGCAGCGGACUUGAAGAGGAGUGGAACCAGCAGAGGCGGUGGAGGUGUUUGGGGAGAAGCUGGAGCUGCUGAGGCUGGACCUGGACGAACUCAGUGGGGGCAAGUUCGGAGGCGAGGUUGUGGGUAAGAUCCUGGAGGACAUGAAGGCGGCCCUCACCUCUGCUCUGAAGCGCUAUUCGGCGUAUCUGGGCGCUUUCAAAGAGGAGGAGGGGUGGCUGCAGCGCAAGGUGAAGGAGGAGCUGGGCGGCGCACUGAUCACCGUGAAGCAGCGGUGCAGCGGACUUGAAGAGGAGUGGAACCAGAUUAGUCUGCUGGGCACAUCGGGCCUCUCUGGAUCGUACAUUGAGCAAAGGGGACACUGAUUCCUACAGGGGCCUGGAAUUUGA